CACUCAGUUUCACACCGAGGAGAACAUGCAGACAUUUUCAUUCACGAACAAACGACACAGCGCUUGAAGGCAACUCACAGGGAAAGGCUUUGCACUUUGCACUACUGGGCCUGGACAACUUUUUUUGAGCAUUUUUUUUCUUUGGGGAUUUCAAACUUAACUGACCUGGUGGGACCAGGAGCCAACCUUGGCCCAGAGAUGCAGUCCCUUCUCCCCCUCACUGUCUACUGCAUCAGCCUUAUCUGCUUCCAGCGGCUGCUGGCAGAGGACAGCUUGGACCAUCUCAACAAGCUAACCGACCUGAAAGAGAACCCCUCGUUGCCCUAUGGGAGCCAGACCCACUCUUCGGUGCCCACUCCAUCCCCAAAGUGGAAGCAUUUACCCGCCUCUAGCGUGAGAAGAGCCAAUCCCAGCCUGGCGUGGGCGCAACCGGACAAGCGUUUGGAGGUUAAGUGGGAGAAGGGGUCCAGGGCUCGUCGUCACGCCCACCCGGGUUCCCGGGGGGCCCACCACUACCCCCACCAUGCCCAGCUGAUGAGAGUUGGUUGUGUCCUUGGAACCUGCCAAGUGCAGAACCUCAGCCACAGGCUUUAUCAGCUUAUCGGACAGAGCGGCAGAGAAGACUCGUCACCCAUUAACCCAAGGAGUCCACACAGUUAUGGAUGAGUGACCCCCCACCAAAAAAAAUCUAUAUUUUUGGUUAUUUAUCUCUUAAUGUAUUAGUUUGGUGGAUUGGAUAUAUCUCAUAGUGAUAAUUACAGUAUACCGCGCAUGAAAGACUGCUGUGCCUCUCUACUUUUUGUGCAAACUAUAUCGGGUUAAGUUCAUUUAAAUUUAGGACCAGUUUGACUUGACCCACCGCCCUGAGAAUUUCUGCCUUUUUGCGGGACAAGUCAAGCACCUUAGUUGGACAGGAUCCUAAUCGUGUUAAUGCAAGAAUGAAGGCUUAUCUACAACGCUGACCUUGCCGCUGGUUGUUAUCCAGCGCCUUGCUGAUCAAAAACUGGUUCCAGAGUCAUGUCAGAUCAUAUUUAUGCUCGCUGAUUGUCCAGCACGUACCUGUCCUAUGCAGCAACUGGGUCACGUACAGCAUCUGUGGAGACAAGUCUUGAAAUUCAAAUGGGAACUUCUAAUAUUUAGUUUAAAGAAAUGUCACUUUUCCCAUCACAACAAUGAAAAACCUUCAGUCAAAUAUCACCACCACUACUUCCAGGUUUUAUUUUAAGAUGUGUAGCAAAGCCUGUUUUUUUCCCCCCCCUUCUUUCUUUCUUUUUAGAAAGGUGUCCUCCGUGAAGUGGCGGGAAUUCACUUAGGUAUCAGGGAUUUUGUUUAUGACGUCAUGAAAAGAACAACAAAAGAGUAGACCGAGAGCUAGAAGCUAGCUGCUAACGUUAAAUCCCAUAUUUUAGUACGGAGCAGAAAACAGCCACUUAUUUUGUAGUUAGUAAGAAUAAAACCAACAAAAAUGAGGAAAAAAUGCCAUGCUUGGUUGAAUAGUUGAAUUGUUCCCGUUUCAGUCCCCUAGAUCAGAUGUUUCUCAACUGGUUUGGCUGCGGGACCCACCAUCGCCCCCUCAAUAAAAAGUGGCGAUCCAAAUUGCGGGGAUUUUUCGACUCAAAUUUUUAUUUAAUUCGAUUUUAAGCGACUAUUUUCAACACAACAUGAGUCGCAGUCUCUUUAUGGCGCGCUCCUCUCCAGCAGAUAUCUGCACCUGUGUGCUGGACGGACGGCACGUCGAUGUUUUUCCUCUCCCACUCAAGCUUGACAAGGUCGCACCUCGGUGGCGUAGCAAUCGAAUUGCGCAGGCAAGAACGUGAGGUGCAUUCACAGGCAUUGGGAUAUUACAUUAUUUUGACAUUUUUUUCCCCAGGCAAAGGCCCGCGACCCAGCGAAAACAGCUCCGUGACCCACUUUUAGGUCCCGACCCACCAGUUAAGAACCACUGCCCUAGAUGGUUGACGACUACAAAAUAAAUUAACAGAUGCGUUAAAAAAAGCAAAACAUAAAAAUCUAUUUACAGUAAAUACAACAAAUUAUGACAAAACACGACAAAUAAUAUCGUAUUGUCAAUAGUCAAUACGCAGUAUGAACUCCAAAGUUACGUUAUUCCUGCUGGUGCAAAUGUCACAAUGGAGCAACGGCUCAGCUCUCUGUGGCUCCACUGUAGACAUUUCCACCCGCUCUGUUGGCACAUAUCAAAUAUUAGUCCUUUCACGUGAUUCAUAAGUUCUCCGCGCGAGUCAGGACUUUGGGCUUGACAGCCAUUUUAUUAAAGCUGACCUAAUCUUUGCAGUCAUAUGCGGCACCACAGCAGGGGUGAGAAGGGGCCCUGAGCCUUCCGCGGUCUGUACACUCAAACCACACACAAAACCUUCCACGAUAUAUGUUUAAAUAAAUAAAUCAACGAAAAUUACAAUCGUAGUAUCGCUACACUGGCAGAAUUGAGUGAUAUUUAUCGCUUUUAACAUUUGAAUAUAACACACAAACGUAUGGUGGAUGAUUAAAUCAGAAUUACUGAGGAGAUUUAAAUGUGACGUGUACACUACUUCGAGAAAAAAGACAUCAUGUUACGAGAAUAAAGUUGUCAUGUUACCGGAAUAAAGUCGCAAGGACGCCAGAAAAAAAAAAGACGGCGUUACAAGGCGAUUAAAAGUUGUCACGUUACGAGGAGAAAAUCAUAAUUCCGAAUAUAAAUGCAAUGUUACGAGAAUAAAAAGACGUCAUGUUACGCGAAUAAAACGUCAUGUUACAAGGAUAAAGUUGUCAUAUUGCGACAGUAAAGCUGUUAUAAGAAAAUUUCAAAAUGAAGUCGUCCUGUUACGAACGUAUGUUUGUAACUUUACAGUAAUACAUUUGUAAUGGGCGCCACACACGGGAGGCGACAUCGCCUCUACUCCAUUCGUUUUCAAUGGGACUUGUGCGGUAGGGCGAUUAACACGCGUGACCCUCCAGCCAAGCGACACGCAAAAUUUAUGUGUGUGGAAGUGAAAGUUUACGUGCGUGUUUGUGCACACGCUGGCUUACGACGUUGAAAAAUGUUCACCUUUUCAUCGCUGUCGCCCUGACGAUCGACCAAUCAGCGGGGGUUUCAGUGAUCGACCAAUGAGCAGACAGGAUGCUAUUCAGUAGGCUGUACUUGCCGUGUCAGAUUUUUCGGAGCUAUUUGACAUAUCUAAAAAAAAAAAAAAAGAAUAUAAAGAUGUAACAAAAAAAAUGGGAACUUGGUGCAAGAGUAAACAGCAUUCAUUUACAUGGACAUUUAAGUUUAUCUUACAAAAAUAUAAGACAGCCAAUCAAAACCGUGGGAGACUCAGACAAUUCGCUCUGGAUGGGAACACGUCGCUGACCCGUGUAGCUGGUCACAGCCGCUCGUCGCCUCUCGUGUGCAUGCUUUGUCACGCGUUGGCGAUGAGUUUCACCAAUCGCAGUCGUUUGUCGCCUCCCGCGUGUGGCGCCCAUAACGUUACCAGAAAAAGUCGUAGUGUUACAACAACAAAAAUCACGAAGUUACAAGAAUAAAGCUACGCUAUAAGGGAAAAAAAACAUUUGAUUUGUUUCAAAAAAAGUUGAAAAUAAAGUAUAAUAGCGAGAGUUACAAAAACACAGUCGUCAUGUUACGAAAGUACUUAUGUAAUGUUAAUAACAGUAAAAGUCAUAAGGCUAGAAGAUUAAAGAUGGAAAGUGACAGGGAAAAAAAUUAUUUAAAAAAAAAUGAAAAAAAAAUUGAUCGACGUCCAAAUCUAAUUUACAGCAAAAAAAAGUUGUCGUGUUACGAGAAUAGAUCGCUGUGUUAAGAGGAAAAAUUCAUAUUCUUACAUCAGUAAAGUCGUUAGGAUACGAAAAAACAGAAAAAAGCUUCCCCAUUAGGAAGAAUAUUUUUAGUUUACAAGAAUGGAGUUGUCACGUUCGGAGAAUACAUCGUAGUACAGUGUUCCCUCGCUCUGUCGCGGUUCCCCUUUUGUGGAUUCGCUGUUUCCCCUGAUUUUUUUUAGCUUUUUUUUUUUUUUUUUUUUUACAGUGUAUGAACGCUGUUACAGGCCGAGCCUGGCCUGGUCUACACCGCCCAUUUUUUCUGCAUCCUGAUUGGCUGUAGACCAUGUCUCCCAUGUCAUCGCUAGCUUGCUUGCUUGCUAGCUUGUAAAUGACACUUCAGUUCGUCUGCAGCAAUAUGUUUUAUUACAAAAUGCUAAAGUACAGCGGGACAAAAAGGCAUGGUCACAGGAGUGAAAUGUGCGUGAGUGACUUCAUCAUUUCUUGUGUUGAUGAUUAAGGUUGAUAAUUAAAAUUCAAACGAAGGUUUGAACUUUUUUGAGAGCGUUUAAACAAGAGAGAAAUGUGAGAAAAUGUUAUUGCCUGUCUGAGAAAAGUGUAUAAAGUGUAUGGUGAGGGGUUUUACAGCCUGAAAACAUAUAUAAUAUUUUUAAGGUGGCUACUUCACGGAUUUCACUUAUUGCGGCUAUUAUCAGCGAUAAACGAGGGAACACUCUUAAGAGGAAAAAAUCAUAUAGUCACGACAGUAAAACCGUAAUGAUAGGAGGAUAAAGUGGAUGAGAAACGUAAAAAUAAUCAACUUUAAUAUUAACAAAAUCUUAAUUUACGAGAAUAAAGAUGCAAUGAUACAAGGAAUAUAAGUCGCUAAAAAAAAUUAAAAAAGUAGCAACGAUACGAGGAAAAAGUCAACAACAAAUCAAAAAAACUUUCGGCUUUUCCAUGUCACCACGUCAAUCGUGUGAACGGUUCUGGCUUACUUUUUCUUGGGAAAAAAUAACCUUAAUUUAUGACAAUGAAGUGGUCAUGUUAUGAGAAUAAAUCGUGGCAUUAAGAGAAAAAAAACUGUUAUAGUACGAGAAAACAGCCAUAAAAACGCUUAACUUAUUUCUUGUAACACGACUACUCUUUUCUUGUCAUAAAUUCUAACAAAUAAGCGUACCGCGAGAUGGAGCCCUUGUACCAACCGUGGAACUGGUACCACAAUAUGAUAAACCAUAAACCAUUACUAAAUAUUCAGACUUUUUUCUCAUAUUACGACUUCAGCGACUUUAUUAUCCCAGCAUUACAUAACAUGUUUCUUGUUAAAAACACUUUUUCUCCACGUAAAAAUACAGAAGUUUGUUUUUCUUAUAGCGUUGCAGCUUCAUUUUUUGCUUCUUCUUAGCAUGGCCCGAAGAGUCCUUUGUGUCUGGGUACCUAAAGGUCACAACUGGUUCAUUAGUUUUAAUCUGUUCAAAGGCUUGCUGAGGUGAAACGCGCCAUUCUGUCUGCUGCAAUCGAGCUAAUCGAUGUCUCGUGAUAGAUGGUUAUUAAAAGGCUCUUCAAAUGCUGAAUGAACCUCCGCACUUCUUAGGUUACCUCCACACACACCGUGUGCUUUUGUGUUAUCACUGCUUAUCUCCUCAAAUGUUUGAUUUGUGCUCGGGAUCUUCGAUGCUAUUUUGUGCAGCACGCUUUUAGUGACGUCAAAGACUCCGCUAGUACCUCCCACAUAGGAAAACACUCACUCUCUGUUGCAAAUAGCCAAACACGAUGUGAAACAUUUCUUGACAUUUCCAUUCCUGUGUGCGCUCUAUCACAAAUUGUGUCCUUUUGUGAAUGUUCCAUUUGAAGAUGCCAGUGCACUCCAUAUGGCAUUACAAUGACUGUGAAUGACGCGUGUAAAUAGAGAUAUUUAGCCAAACUAUUUAAAUAAAAUGUCUGUGUUGGAGUUCUAUUUAUGUUACAUGUUUAUGAUAUGUGUUUGUCACCAAAGACUAUUUAUGUCAUCUUUUUCACUUGACACAGUGGUAGAAAAGCAAAAUUAAAUAAGAAUUGUAAAUGUCUGUUUAUGUUGUCCACCCUGUAAUAAUAAAGAGCUAUA